AUGGGAGGACCCUAUAUGGCCCCAUCGGCCGGAAUAGGCGGCCUUCCAACGAUUUCCCUCGACGUCCCGAUAUGCACCGUCUUCCUCGCUCUGUUUCUCGCUGGUGCCGUCUCCCACAUGACCCUAUUCCGCCGCAACCUCGCAAGAGGACACAAAUUCAUUCCAUCCGGUAUGACAUUCGGUUUCUGCAUGUCGCGAAUUGUCACAAAUGUCAUUCGAAUCGUCUGGGCCUGCUACGUGACAAAUAUAAGACUUGCUAUUGCGGCGCAGAUCUUCGUUGCCGCUGGUGUUUUGUUACUCUUCGUCUUGAACCUACUUUAUACACAGCGCAUGGUCCGAGCAGUCUAUCCAGUCCUAGGGUGGUCUCGGACAGUAUCGUGGGCAUUCAAAGCAGUCUACGGUCUUGUUGUGGUCACUAUAAUUAUGGUCAUCACAUGUGUUGUCCAGAGUAUGUACACUCUGAACACAAACACCCGUCGGAUCGAUCGCGAUAUCCAGCUCUACGGUCAAACCUACUUCGCCAUCAUUUCAUUCUUGCCUAUUCCACUUGCAUUUUCUGUUAUUCUGUCUCCAAACAGAAAGCAAAUAGAGCAGUUUGGCUCGGGCAGCUGGAUGGCUAAAGUGUUCAUUGUCGGACUUGUCGCUUGUCUGCUCUGUCUUGGCGCCUCGUUCCGUGCCGCUACAUCCUGGAUGCCACCUCGUCCUCUCAACAAUCCUGCAUGGUAUCAUAGCAAGGCUUGCUUCUAUGUCUUUGACUUUGGUAUCGAUAUUCUGGUCGUGGCUAUAUUCCUAGUAGCUCGUGUCGACCAACGAUUUUGGGUUCCAAAUGGAAGCUCGAAAGUGCACCAUUAUAGAGGACCAGAGGAUAACGAGAAGAACGCAGAAGGUCUCCGCAAUAGAGAUACCAUUUAG